GGACAAUCACAGUUUUAAGUGUACUCAGUAACUAACUGAGAAUGCCUUCACCUUUGGAAACUACUCCGAGAAGUCCACUUUUAUUACAUAUGAACACCUUUCGGAUGUUGUCAGGAUAUUACACAGGGAAGUUAACUUCAUAAUUCCUGUGUAGAAAUUCACCCAGAGACAACAGGCAUUUUAUUUCAAACGGAGCCAAUUCUAUGUGUGUCAUUGUCCCACAAACGGAGCCAAUUCUAUGUGUGUCAUUGUCCCACAAACGGAGCCAAUUCUAUGUGUGUCAUUGUCCCACAAACGGAGCCAAUUCUAUGUGUGUCAUUGUCCCACAAACGGAGCCAAUUCUAUGUGUGUCAUUGUCCCACAAACGGAGCCAUUCUAUGUGUGUCAUUGUCCCACAAACGGAGCCAAUUCUAUGUGUGUCAUUGUCCCACAAACGGAGCCAAUUCUAUGUGUGUCAUUGUCCCACAAAUGGAGCCAAUUCUAUGUGUGUCAUUGUCCCAUGAAUAAGGCAUGGCAAUGCUUUCAUCAGGUCAUGAACAGGACUGUUGAUGACGUGUGUUUCAUCAAACAGUGAACCCGACAUUGCUUUGCAAUCAGUUUAUUAUCAACAAUGAUCCUAAGGCUUUAUGAGGCAUUGGGAGGUAUCAAAGAGUGCAUUGGGAGGUAUCCAAAGAGUGCAUUGGGAGGUAUCAAACAGUACAUUGGGAGGUAUCAAAGAGUACAUUGGGAGGUAUCAAAGAGUGUAUUGGAAGGUAUCAAACAGUACAUUGGGAGGUAUCAAAGAGUACAUUGGGAGGUAUCAAAGAGUACAUUGGGAGGUAUCAAACAGUACAUUAGGAGGUAUCAAACAGUACAUUGGGAGGUAUCAAAGAGUGUAUUGGAAGGUAUCAAACAGUACAUUGGGAGGUAUCAAAGAGUACAUUGGGAGGUAUCAAAGAGUACAUUGGGAGGUAUCAAACAGUACAUUAGGAGGUAUCAAACAGUACAUUGGGAGGUAUCAAACAGUACAUUGGGAGGUAUCAAAGAGUACAUUGGGAGGUAUCAAAGAGUGUAUUGGGAGGUAUCAAACAGUACAUUGGGAGGUAUCAAAGAGUACAUUGGGAGGUAUCAAACAGUACAUUGGGAGGUAUCAAAGAGUACAUUGGGAGGUAUCAAAGAGUGUAUUGGGAGGUAUCAAACAGUACAUUGGGAGGUAUCAAAGAGUGUAUUGGGAGGUAUCAAACAGUACAUUGGGAGGUAUCAAAGAGUACAUUGGGAGGUAUCAAAGAGUGUAUUGGAAGGUAUCAAACAGUACAUUGGGAGGUAUCAAAGAGUACAUUGGGAGGUAUCAAAGAGUGUAUUGGGAGGUAUCAAACAGUACAUUGGGAGGUAUCAAAGAGUACAUUGGGAGGUAUCAAAGAGUGUAUUGGAAGGUAUCAAACAGUACAUUGGGAGGUAUCAAAGAGUACAUUGGGAGGUAUCAAAGAGUGUAUUGGGAGGUAUCAAAGAGUACAUUGGGAGGUAUCAAAGAGUACAUUGGGAGGUAUCAAAGAGUACAUUGGGAGGUAUCAAAGAGUACAUUGGGAGGUAUCAAAGAGUGUAUUGGAAGGUAUCAAAGAGUGUAUUGGAAGGUAUCAAACAGUACAUUGGGAGGUAUCAAAGAGUGUAUUGGGAGGUAUCAAAGAGUACAUUGGGAGGUAUCAAAGAGUGUAUUGGGAGGUAUCAAACAGUACAUUGGGAGGUAUCAAACAGUACAUUGGGAGGUAUCAAACAGUACAUUGAGAGGUAUCAAACAGUACAUUGGGAGGUAUCAAACAGUACAUUGGGAGGUAUCAAACAGUACAUUGGGAGGUAUCAAAGAGUACAUUGGGAGGUAUCAAACAGUACAUUGGGAGGUAUCAAACAGUACAUUGGGAGGUAUCAAAGAGUACAUUGGGAGGUAUCAAAGAGUACAUUGGGAGGUAUCAAAGAGUACAUUGGGAGGUAUCAAAGAGUGUAUUGGGAGGGAUCAAACAGUACAUUGGGAGGUAUCAAACAGUACAUUGGGAGGUAUCAAAGAGUGUAUUGGGAGGUAUCAAACAGUACAUUGGGAGGUAUCAAACAGUACAUUGGGAGGUAUCAAACAGUACAUUGAGAGGUAUCAAAGAGAACAUUGGGAGGGAUCAAACAGUACAUUGGGAGGUAUCAAACAGUACAUUGGGAGGUAUCAAACAGUACAUUGGGAGGUAUCAAAGAGUACAUUGGGAGGUAUCAAAGAGUGUAUUGGGAGGUAUCAAACAGUACAUUGGGAGGUAUCAAAGAGUACAUUGGGAGGUAUCAAAGAGUGUAUUGGGAGGUAUCAAACAGUACAUUGGGAGGUAUCAAAGAGUACAUUUAGCAGCUCGUGUACUUUUAAAAUAGUUUCCUUGCUCUGUGAGCAUCAUGUAGCACAGUAUACAUAGACCACAGUUAAUUUGAUGUGGUUACAUUAACUGAGCUAGUAUUCAUCAGGCUAUAAACAGGGUGCAAAUCAUGAUGUUCAUUUCUCCAUGAAAGGGCAUAUUUGUGUGUUCACAGAACCAUAUGAAUUAGGAAGCAACAUAGUCUGAUACAUCAAUCAAUGACAAAUGCAAUCUGUUCAGUUUUGUCAUUUGACCAGGUGAUGGAAACAGAUGUGAUGAGCAGAGAAUUGUUGAUCAAAAAAUUUUAUUUUACAUAAAAGAUGAAAAAAUAAGUUUUAUGAUAUUUCUGUUUUAGUUUAUAUAAUUAUAUACACAUCUGGUACCAAUAAGAUUAACAUAUACAUCCCUUACUAUAUGGAACGUCAAAAAUUGACAACACUACAAUUAUAUUGUAUUCAUCCUGUAAUAAGCCCAGGGGACCAACUCUUGAACUUAAAUUUGGGGGAGGGGCUUAUGGAUUUUUAGCCCACCAUCAUCAGAUGGUGGGCUAUUCAAAUCGCCCUGCGUCCGUGGUCCGUGGUCCGUCCGUCCAUCCCUCCGUCCGU